AUGCUGCUUAUCUUCUCUCUGAUGUUUGUCCUCGUCUCUCAGGUCUCUAAACUGCCGGAGAAGAUGAGCGACAAAGAAGGCAGCAAGACUCUUAAAGUGCAGACAUGUGUUCUGAAGGUGAACACAUGCUGUGUCGGGUGCCAGAAGAAAAUAAAUAAGGUGCUGCAUAAGAUCGAUGGGGUCGAGGGAAUCCAUCUCGAUGCAGAAGGAGGGAAGGUGAGUGUCACCGGGAAUGUAGCUCCUGCCGUUCUAAUUACAAAGCUUCGCAAGGCUGGGAAAAUCGCAGAGUUGUUGCAUCCAAAGAGUGGAAACCAGCAGAAGAACAACCAAAAUGUGAAGUCCCAAAAGGGUGGUGGUAGUGCUGGAGAAGGACGCAAGUGGUUCAAAAAUCUCAAGUUUCCACGUCUCAAGGAUCUGAAACUUCCUUUCAACAAGGAGAAGGAAGCAGUCAAGUUCGACAUCCUUCCCAAGGAAGUGUCCGGUGAUGUGAAGAAGAAGAAGAAGAAAGGUGGUGGUGGUGAUGGAGGAGGAGUUCAAGUACAGAACAAGGGUGGCGUGUCAUCACCCGUGGUGCUCACCCACGGCGGUGUGAUGUCGCCGGAGAUGACGGCCGGUGGCAACCCAUAUCAUCAUCAUCACCAGCAGCAGCAGAGGAUGAUGACGAUGAUGAACGGUCAAGACAGCGUUGGAUAUGCUUACGGACAUACGGGGUACGUGCCGCCGUCGCCCCGCGAAGAGUCGUACUCCAACAUGUUCAGCGACGAGAACCCCAACAGCUGCUCAGUUAUACAACAGGAAAAGACGAGCAACAAAAAUGACAAGGAUGUCAAGAAGAAAAUAAAGAAGGUGCUGCAGAAGAUCGAUGGAGUCAAUACAAUCGAUAUCGAUGUAAAAGAGAGGAAGGUGACUGUUGUUGGGACUGCGGAUCCUGCCAUUCUAAUAAAAAAGAUUCGUAAGGCUCGGAAAAUUGCAGAGUUGUUGGUUUCGAAGGAGAAUGCCGAGUCCAUAAAGGAGGGUGGUGGUGGUGAAGAUGGAGAGGAAUCCAAUGACCCGAAGAACAAGAACAAGAAGAAGAAUAACAAGAAGAAGAACAAGGAAGGAGACGCGAGUGAAGAGAAGAAAGAAGGUGGCGGUGAGGGAGGGGGAGUUGAAGCACAGAACCGGCAAGCUCCAAUGCAGCAGCCGAUGAUGAUCGACGGUGAAGUCGGUAACAUCGAAGCAUACAUGCUGCUGCCUCACCUCGUCGGCGAGCCAUUUUGGACUUUGUUCACCGACGACAACCCCAACAAGUGCUCGAUAAUGUGA